AUGCUGAUCGACAAGGUAGACAAGCACAAUGGCAUAGACCAUUCAACCAAACAUUGUGAUCUUAGGUACAUUAACUUCCCUUGUAGUAAUGUGUCAAGAAUCAUAUUCUUAGAGAUAACCAUACAUCCCAUGAAUCAAAUUUCAAGUUUCGUACAAGUAGUUUCAUGUUCGAUAUUACCGUCUUUUGUUCCAAUGUUUGUGGAUCUUACGAAGAUUCUGUCGGAGGACACAUCCCCAUCCCAGAAGAAGGAAGAGUUUGCUCUAGCCGCUCUAAUGAAGAUUCAAUCACAUUACAAAGCAGCGAUUGAGCUUAAUAUUCUGGGUGAUCGAAACAGAAAUAUUCCCUGGAGAGUUCCUCCUACAAACGGUUUAACUUCUUUUUCCCCAAGUGCCCCGCAGUAUCCGGAGGAUAGUCCUUCCGUCAGCUCAGCUACUCCAUCCCCGAGUUCUACUUGUGAUAUACUGCUUUGUCCAAUCUGCCGUGUUAACUCGAAAGACAUGGCUUUCGGUUGCGGACAUCUGAAUGUUCUGAGAACCUCUGGACGUGUCCGAUAUGCCGGAGUCGGAUCCAAACCAAAAUAA